AUGUAUUCUUCAAUCCAGAAGGCUCGGCUAUUUGCACGCCCUUGUCGAAUUGUCGCUCGCCGUCGCUACUCCGCACCCUUCGUUGCCCCAUCGCGACAAUUCCAUCUAUCGCGAAGAUGGCUUGCGUCUCCACAAGACCCUCAUGACGUUGAGCCGGCGGCGUUAGGGAACUCUGUGGAUGAACAUACCCUGAAGACCGGGAACGGUGCCCCCAACGGUUCCCCGGAAUCAGACCCAUCCUCCGAAUCGGCCAAAUCGAUAACAAAGACCUACGGUUCCGCCGCGCGCAGAGCGAUGAGAAACAGGAAAGCCUCACAAGAGUCAUCCCAGUCAGCUACGGCUGUGCCAAAAUGGUUUCAUGAGCGCAAUACAUUAUCUCCUCGCCAGAACGAGAGCAGCCUUGCGCAAUCAUCACAACAGGUUCGGAUUACUAAAUCUGGAUCACAAUUGGAGGACACUACAAGCCAAAGGGCGGUCUCAGGUGGCGGCUCUGAUCCGUCUGAUCCUGACGAGACACCGUCAGGGAACCGGUACUCGGUGGCCGAGGAGUCGUGGGAAGAGUUGCGCGCCUCGGUAAAAGCAGGCCUGCGACUUCCACCCGCAAAAUAUGCCCAAGAGCCCUCGGUGAAGAAGUCGCACUUAGUGCUACACUACCCUGGAAACGAUGGAAUUUUAUUCCUCGACGCCGUCGUGAAGAGACUUGCUCACGAGCUAAGCACUGACUUGGUGACACUCAACGCCCAAGAUAUCGCGCAAUUGUUCAGUGAACAGGAUCUCGCCGAUGCUGGCGUCACUUCACCAAUUCGAUCUCUCGGUUAUGAAGUCUACCGACCGGCUACUCCUUCGUACUCAGAAGCCGAGGACCUAGAAGCGGAUGGCGAAGACGACGUCACGGAGGUUGGCCCCCAAGGGAUGCGCGGCGAUACUGGAUCCCCCCGAUUCAUCACAAUCGAGAGCAGCAAAGAAUCUGGCGACAUCCCACUCCCGAACUGGCUCGGCUUGAAAACCCUCUUGGGUGGGUCAAUCAAUGGCCAAACGGACGCAGACCCCGGGGCCGGCGCUUCACGAAGUGGCCAGCGUGCUGAAGGCCGAUGGACUCAACUACUGAAUGGGCUCCUCGAAUCAUCGAGCCAGCCCACCACCACCCCCGCCCCCAGUGAAUCGACAGAAAAAGAGGAUGCCAGCAAGAUCCCUCCAUCUCGGGAUGUAAUAUUACAUAUCCAGGACUACCGUGAUAUUCAAAAUACACGCGAGGGCUCCCGGUUUAUCUCACUUUUGCACAAAGUCAUCCAAGAGCGGAGAGGAGCAGGAUCUAAGGUCUUGUUGAUUGGAACUACCUCACAGGAAAUUAGAACCACGCCAUCACCGGAUGGUUCUGGCCUUUUACAGAAUGUCCUCGAUGAUCAGUACUCAAAAACCUUGUUUAUUACGCCUGCCAUGAGCUCGAAGUCAGCUGAAAAGGUCUUCGCGGAAGACCGCAAGAAGCGCAUCACAGACAUCAAUAUCCGUCACCUUCAGAGUAUGCUCCGCUUCCGAAUCAACGAGCAGUCUUUGCCCGUUAAAGACAACAUACUUAGCGACCGAGAUUGGCCCCUUGAAUCUUCCGCAAUCAAAGAGUCCGGGAUCGACGACCGUUUCUGGACAUACAACCAGGUACAUUGGAUUGCCACCCUUGCGCUAGGCUGUGCGGAGACCAAUGAAUCAUUCGGGUUUGAGCAUAUCCAACGAGCGCUCGAGCUUAUGAACAAGAGUGAUAAGGUGACCAAUGAUUGGUUGAAGCAAAAAGCCCCUAAGCAGAAAGACUUAGAACCAGGACAGAGUCAAGAGCAGUUGUUAGCGUCUCUGCGCAAGACGUGCAAUACGCACGAGAAGAAGCUACUCAACGGUGUAGUUGAUGCGAAGAGCAUUCGAACCACCUUCAACGACGUCCAUGUGCCUCCCGAAACCAUCGACGCCCUGAAGACCCUAACCUCUCUAUCAUUGAUUCGCCCCGAGGCUUUCACAUACGGUGUCCUCGCCACGGACAAAAUCCCCGGUCUUCUCCUCUAUGGUCCCCCAGGAACGGGUAAAACGCUGCUCGCAAAGGCUGUGGCCCGCGAGAGCGGAGCAACCGUCCUCGAAGUUAGUGGAUCCGAAGUGUACGACAUGUACGUUGGCGAAGGCGAAAAGAACGUGAAAGCAAUCUUCACGUUAGCCAAGAAGCUGAGCCCUUGCAUUGUCUUCAUUGAUGAGGCGGACGCCAUUUUCUGCUCGCGCACCGGAGCAGCCAGUCGCACCUCCCACCGUGAAUUGAUCAAUCAAUUCCUCCGCGAGUGGGACGGAAUGAACGAUCUUUCGGCCUUCAUCAUGGUUGCCACCAAUCGACCUUUCGAUCUUGAUGACGCUGUUCUCCGCCGUCUUCCCCGUCGUCUCCUAGUAGACCUGCCAACCGAGGAAGACCGCCACGCGGUCCUGAAGAUUCAUCUGAAAGAAGAACAACUCGACGAAUCUGUCGAUCUCGCCGAGCUGGCCCGCCGCACACCUCUUUACUCUGGCUCUGACCUCAAGAACCUGUCAGUGGCCGCGGCACUUGCUUGCGUCCGUGAGGAGAACGCCGCAGCCGCCAAACACACAGGAGAUGAGCCGUACAGCUAUCCCGAGCGUCGGAUCCUUACCCGCACGCAUUUCGAACGUGGAAUGGAAGAAAUCUCCGCGUCCAUCAGCGAAGACAUGUCCUCCCUGUCGGCGAUUCGCAAGUUCGAUGAGCAAUUUGGUGAUCGCAAGGGUCGGCGCGAGAAGAGCCCUGGCUGGGGAUUCAUUCCGGCACCAAGUGGUGAGGCCUCGGCUGAUUCUGCGCGCGUCCGAACCUGA